ACGAGGCAGGGCGCGAUGCCGGAGCCCGGAGCCCACAAACAGCCCCACCGGGGCGAGGCCCAGAGCCCCGCACCGCAGGCCCGGCCGUCCCAACGGCCACCGCAGGCCCGGCCCGCCGCCUACCCGCCAGGUAGUUGGUCCACUUGUACAGGACUCCUUCCAUCGCUCAGAGCCCCGCUCCGGCCCGCAUCCUCCUGCUCCGCCGCGGGGAAAGGGCGGGCGCCGCCACGGAGACGGGGCUCAGCUCGGCUCCCGUCCCCGCCGCUACUCUCUGCGCGGAGGCGGAGCCGCCCGGCCCACCUCGGCUCGGCUCAGCCCAGACGCGGCGCGGCCCGCGGCGGCCCCGGCGGCGCCACCCGCCCGGCGGGGCGCUUCCCGCACCCCAUGCGCGCUCCCCUGGCCGCUCCCUCACGGCCGUUUCACUUCCUGGGCCCUCCCACCCGGGCGGGAGGCUCCGCCCCUCCGGCCGCGGUCGCAGUGCCACGCCGGCGGAGCGCGAUGGGGCGCGGGCUGAGACUACUCCUCGCGGCGCUGGCCCUGCUGGCGGCCCCGGCGCGGGCCGAGGGCGGCGCGGCGGAGGAGGAGGUGAAGAUAGAGGUGUUGCACCUCCCUGAGAGCUGCAGCCCCAAGAGCAAGAAGGGGGACCUGCUGAACGCGCACUACGACGGCUUCCUGGCCAGCAACGGCUCCAAGUUCUACUGCAGUCGGACGCAAAAUGACGGUCAUCCGAAAUGGUUCGUUCUGGGUGUUGGACAAGUGAUAAAAGGGUUGGAUAUUGCUAUGAUGAACAUGUGUCCUGGAGAAAAACGGAAAGUGGUCAUCCCUCCAUCAUUAGCAUAUGGACAGCAAGGAUAUGCACAGGGCAAGAUUCCACCAAAUGCAACACUCAUCUUUGAGAUUGAACUUUAUGCAGUAAAUAAGGGACCUCGCAGUGUUGAAGCAUUUCGUCAAAUAGACAAGGACAAUGACAAGAAGCUCUCUGAACUCGAGAUAAGCCAAUAUUUGAAAGAAGAAUUUGCAAGAGAUGGCAAAAAACGUCAUCCCUCAGUCCACGAUGAAAUUUUAGCUGAUAUAUUUAAGAAGAACGAUCACGAUGGAGAUGGCUUCAUAUCAGCUAAGGAGUACAACGUCUACCAGCAUGAUGAACUCUAAUUACCUGUAAAAUCUGUGGCUGUUUUAUGGACAACAAAUUAUAAAAAAAAAAAUCCAAAGUAAUACUUCAUUACAGAAUAUUUUGCUGUUGUUUUGUGUUUUUUUUUUAUAGUGGCAUCUUUUUUUAUUUCUAAGGUGACUGUAAAAUACUAUUUUUAACAUUUAGCUAAUAAAAUCUUCUAGAUGUUACAAAAUAAAUAAAAUUGGAAAACACCAA